AUGGACGCUCCUGAAAUUGCUUUCUUUAGCAGGAAACGCCCUACGAGUUCAAGUCAAAACUCGACAGAAACUGAUGGUGUUAGUUCAGAUAAUGCUCCAAAUGAAAUGCAAUUUGGCUCUCAAUUAACAGCAUUCCAAUCAAUGGAAAACACUGACGACGAAGUACUAGAAAUUAUAAAGUCUGUAGGUCCUUCUUCACGAGAUAUUUCACAGCUUAAUUCAAUGAACUCAGCAGAAUCAUGGGCAUCUUUUGCAUCUUUUGGCCCGCGCUGCCAGAGAUGCGGCAACCCUUGUGGAAGUGAUGUAAUCUAUUUCGAAAAUCUUGCUUUUCAUAAAAGACACUUUACUUGCAAGAAAUGCAAUCAGCCUCUGAUCGAACCUGUAUUAAUUGGCAAAGAAGUUUACUGCUUAACUUGCUCUCAUGGAGAUAAACAACCUGAUAUGCCAGAAGAUUACGGUUGCUGCAUUUGUAGCAAACCUUUCUGCGAAACUUCAAUUAUUAUUGCUGGAAAAUGCUAUUGCCAGGAACAUUUCAGAUGUGCUACAUGCCACAAACAGUUAACAGUUGAUAAUUAUCGUCAAAGAAAGGGUCAUAUUUACUGUAUCGAACACGCACCUCAACGACCAAUUACAAGUUGCGCAGAAUGCGGUGGAGAAAUUACUGAUAAGGCUAUUACCGCGAUUGGACAGCAUUUUCAUCCAGGAUGCUUCUGCUGUGUUAUAUGUCAGACAAACUUAGCUAAUCAAGCUUUUGCGGCUUGGAAGAACAAACCUAUUUGCCAAAACUGUUUCAAGAGACUUCCAAAACAUAUUCGUGCGAUUAUAUCAAAACAGGUACACACUGGAUUUUAA